AUGGCUGGGAGCCCUCAGCUCGACGUCUGGUGGACAGACCUAUUAGGUCAGACCGAACUGUCCGAGGACAUGCAGAUGUACGCGAUGAUGGCCCAAACAUCACUUCAGCACUUAUCGGGGAGCUCCUCGACCUCGUGCACGGCAGUGUCGUGUACAACCCUGACCUUGGGCUUCUGCUGCUGGAGAAGCUUCAACUCUGCCUGGAAACUGACGGUUCCGGAGCAACAGCUGCAGCUGCUGGUUCAGGCGGGGCACACGGUCUGGGGGCCCACGAUUGCCGACCUGCCCCUGGCUGCGUGUGUGUACAGCGCCAGCCCAGUGGCUUGUGGGAGAGCGGCUCUGGAGACCGUAGUGGCCGUGACCAGGGGCAGUAGCCUGAAGCAGCUCGCCUCGUGGUUCUCGGCCUACAGCGCCGGCGACCUCCCCCUCGUCACCAAGUGGCUCUUGGAGGCCGCAAUGGGAUGGUUGGCGGCGCCGCUGGGGAUGGGGCGCGAGCUGGCGGAGGCGGAGUACGACACAGGUGAUUGUGGCGACGGCGUCGGCGUCGCGGGCGUUACAGCCGGGCAUCCGCCGCCGGAGCUGCCAUGUUCGCGAGUACGUUGCGGCGCAGUUUUGUUGACUGCGUUGGCUUGGAGCUGUCCCGCGCUAGCCCGGGGUGUGCUGGCGGAGGUGUUAGAUCGGCUGGGGGGAGCGGAGGACUAUGGGCCCGAGGGUGAGGGCGCGGGCGAGGAGGACGCGCAGGAGGACGUGGGCGAUGCCGGAGCCCUGGAUGCACAUGGUGGGGAAGAGGAGGAGGUGAUGCGUUAUGGUGAUGCCGUUGGAGCCCGCGGCGGCAGUGGUGGCCGUGACGGGGAGGACAGCCCCAUGUGGGCGGUACUUGAAGCCCUGACGAGCGACGUGGUCCGAGUGCUUGCCGUACGGGACCGACUUCGGGCGUUACAGGCCGCAGCCGUUGGCGGCGGUUCAGAGGCGGCGGCGGUGAGCGGUGGCGGCAACGCAGGUUACGGGGACCCCUGUGACGGCGGUGAGCCCCACUCGCCGCCGCCGUCGGGCGCGGCGUGCUUUGACUUUGUUGACCCUAACGAGGCCUUACGGCUGGUUUCGGGGCUGUGCGGUGAUGACAUGGACCUGUACGAUCAUCUCCUGUGCCAAUCCCUGGAGCUACUGCAUCUGCUGCAGCAUCACGCGGCCUACGUGACUAACAUGCAGUCUGCAGCAGCUGUACGAUUCGUACGACUCCUGGCGCCGCUGCUGCCGUACAGUGAAGACCUUGCAGAGGCGCUGCUGCUGGAUGCUGCAAACGUGGCGUGCGAGGCGGCAGCCGCCGCCGCCGGGGAGGACGCUGCGGCGGCAGCCGCCGCCGCCGCCGCUCUAGCUACCGCGUCCCGUUGUGGCGGUGGCGCCGCCGCUCACGCGUCGUCGCCGGCGGCGGCACAUGUAGACACCGGCGCGCCGUCAGCCGUUCGCCGGCGUUCACGGCUUGCCGUCACGACGGCUGCUGCGGCUGCGACGGGUCCGGGAUCUUGCUGCAGCGCGGGCGGGGGCAGUGCCAGCGUCGCCACGAUCAUGACCCCUCCGCCUACUACGUGCGUCGUCCGAGACCUCGGCCUGGCUGCUGCCCCUCUUACGCAGCCGGACUCCAGGGGGAGGCGGCGAAGGAGGGGACAGGGGGAGCUCGCCGGCGGUGACCUCAGCGGUGCUGGCUUUGGUGAGGACGGUGACGGCGCCACCAGCGCCCUCGUCUCCUCUUGCAGCCUCUUUGGCUCCACCGCCGGGUGUACGGCAGCUGGAUCAGGAGCGGCGGUGCCGGACAGCGCCCUGCCGUCAGUGGUGGCGGUGGCGCUGGAGGUGCUGUGCGCCGUCGUAGUGUACGGCAGGCAGCUGCCCGAGGGUUUUGCGCCGUUGGCCUCCAGAUUGCUGGAGGGGCUGAUGCGUCUAGCCGCCCGUCGCAGUCCCCUCCUGGUGGAGAAGGGCUCCGACCCGCGGGUCGGUCCCGCCACUGGUCUCACGAGGAGGUUCUUGCACGGCGGAACUCCAGCAGUAGCAGCAGGAGGAGGAGGAGGCGGUCCUGGCGGAGCUUUGGGAGGGGGUCUGCUCGCGGCGCCGUCAGCUCCGGAACUGGUUUCCGCGGUCGUACUCGCCCGGCUGGCGGCAGCCGUAGUGGAGGGCUCAGGCGCCGCCGCCGGCCCCGGCAAGGGCGGUACUGACAUGCGCGCGCUUUGCAUCGCCGGCCUGGAAGCGGCGCUGCUGCGCGUGUGUUCGUCCCCCAAUGCCGACGGCGACGGCGACGAGGAGCUAUUAUUAUCUAGGAGCCCUGUAAGGCUGCGCGGUGACGGCGCCAAUGGCGGAGAUCUAGCCAAUCCGGUCCGAACAGCCGACGGCGACGCGCCGGCUUCGGCUGUCGUACUGCCUGGUGUGGCAGUCCUCUCGUACGGCUUCCACCAUCCGGAGCUGCGGUGGUGGCGGCGGCGGCGGCGGCGGGGGCGGCGGCUCCACGCCCGUGGCCCCCCGCCGGUCGUUGUGGCGUGUCGUCGGGGAGCCGGUCGGGGGUUCGUGUAUGGCCCUCCGUCGUCCGCACCUGUCCACUGCGAGGCGUGGUGGAGCUGUGACGCGGGCUGGGCGGGAGCCCGAGGUGGCCCUUGCGGCGGCGCCGAUUGCGGCGUUGAUAAGAUGCUUUGGAAAGGCAAGGCGGGGGAGUUGCGGAAUAAUGUUCAGAUUCGUGACGGACCCUGUGACGUGACGGGGUGUGACGUGACGGAUAUCAUGGGGGAACAUGUGAUGGCACUGGCCGCCGUCGACUGGCGUGGCAACUGGAGCAGCCCCACGGGUACCCCGUACGACGGUGAUGCCGUACUCCACCAACCGAACCGAACCCAGAGCUGCGCCUUGCUCGGCACGCUGGACGAGCACGUGGCCGUGCUGGCCGAGCUUCUCGUACUGGCAGUCUUCGGAGAUGAUGGCCCCGCCGCCGCUUGCAUGGGCGGCAGCAGCAGCUCUGUCGCUGCCGCUGCCGCUGCCAAGGGGGGCAGUGUUGACGGGGAGACGGCCGCCGCCGCCAGCAUGGGCGGCAGCAGGUGGCCCCCACGGGGCGGUGCGCCAUUCCAGUGGCAGCAGCCGGGGGGGCAGCAGCCGGGGGAGCAGCAGCAGCCGGAGGAGGAGGAGGAGGAGGAGGGAAACCGCACCGCAGCAGAGGCCUCAGCUUUGUUGCAGCUGCGCAUGCAGCGGACCGACCUUGACUGUCCCUUCCGGGCCUUUCGCGACGUCAUGGUAACAAACACUGUGGUGUUGCGGCGUGAUGUGGUCCUUGCGGCGCUGCUGGAGCUCUUCGCAGCCGCUCCCGAGCCGCUGGGUCUGGCUGUGAUGCGGGCGGCACAGCCCAUCAUGCCACCACAGCCACAGCCGCCUCUCCAGCCGGGACGUCAGCCGCCCAGCCAACAGGGGGUACAGGCGGCCGCGCAGCCAGGAGGAGGAGGAGGAGGAGGUGAGGCAGCGCCGGCGGCGGCGGCGGAUAGCCUAGGCGGCGCAGGGCGGCGCAGUCCCCCAUGGGACGACCCCUACCACCACCAGCGGCAGCAGCAGCAGCAGCUGCAGCGGCAUGAGCGCCUCCGUCAGGAGGUCUCCUCACUCCCAGGAGGAGGGGGGCGGUCCAGGGAACCCAGUUACAGCGGCGGCGCCUGGUGUUUAAAUAAUGCCGUACAGCCGUACAAUGACCACCGUAGUGGGGUGCCAGUCGCUGCACAAGCGUCUGGCAGCCGUACGGCACCCGGCGCCGACGGGGAAACACCCAUGGUUGGUACGGAUGCAGGUACGGACUCGGUCACCAUGUUGGCGGCUACUGCGAAUGCUUUGGACUGCAUCUUAGCGCCGCCUAGCUGCCACCUGGCGGAUGACGUCAGGGACGGCGUGGCUGCGGACGACCGACUGACGGCAGCACAGAAUGCCGUACGGGCGGCCGUACACCUCGCAUGCGCAUGCCGUACACCUAAGCAUGCCAAUCGGGGUGCGACGUCACCGUGGCGGGACGUCAGCCGCCCUGACGUCAACGGUAGCCAGUACGGCAUCGACAGCAGCGGCGGCGGGGGCGCUGAUGACCGAAAUCGUGCAGUGGCGGCGGCCUUUGCGGCCCUCCUGUCAUGCCACAGCGCGCUUGAAGACGCGUUGAGGAAACCGUCGGCGGAACCUUCAACAGCGGAACCACUUGCUCUACCGCCGCCGGCGCUGACGUCACUGGCGGCGGCGGCGCCGUCCCCGCCGAAGCCUCUCAGGCCGGCGGCGACGGUAGCUCGGAUUCCUGCACCUGUGGCCGCAGGGCCCUCCAGCACCCCGUCAGCUGCGGGGGGACUCCCGGACACCCACCUGACUGAAGGGCCUUAUUGCGGCGGCAUAGUGCAGGCCGGUACGACACUGGGCUGCAAAACUCCGUCAGCGGGAACGGGAACUGGUGGGCCCGCUGGUUUCGGAGCAAGCCUGGCAGGCGCUGGGCCGGCCGCCAACCGCUGCCUUGGUGGCGGUGGUAGCGGCGGAUGCAGAGGCGCCGGCGGCGGGGGGUUCUUCGUAAUGCGGCGGCCGCUGCAGCAGCAGCAGCAGCUGGACACGGGGCUUCCUUCCGAGACCGGAGGAGUGGUGGGUGCCACGCCGCGAUCGCACAUGCCGCCCCCACCGCCACCAUCAGCAGGAGCAGCAGCGGCAGCAAUGUGUACAGCUUUUGGUGCCGCCCCCGCAGCGGCCCCGCCAACAGCCACGGCAGUGGCUCCGCCGCCGCCGCCGCCACUGCCCACUGUGGACACCUGGCCGGUCUCCCUGGAGGCGAGUACAGCGCUGCUGCAGCAGCUUACGGGGCUGCCGAGGGCGGCGGCGCCGCUGGCCCUGUCGCAGGCGUCCCAAACGAAGCGCUGGCAGCUCAUCGCGUACGGCGCGGGCUUGGCGAAGCGUACGGUAGCUACCGGCGCAGCCGCCACCGCUGGGGUGCCUGGUCGGCGGCCGCCGCCGCCAGCAAGGGUGGCAGUACCUGACAGCGCCGUCGACGCAUCCUGCCGCCGCGGCCCUGCCACUUCGCUGUCCCUCCUGGAUUUGUCUUCGCUCGGCCGGGCGGCCGUGGAUGUGGCUGUGGAGGCCCGGGGUGUGUGGGCUGGUGCCUGCUUGCCGGGGGAGACCCCCAGCUGCAGCACCACCUUCAGCCGGGGGGACAUAACGGCGACAGCCAGGGCCGCCAGGGCCGGGAGCUCAAGAAAGGGGGAGCUAAAGAAGCCGCACCCGGAAUUCCCACCGGCAGCGGCACCGGCAGCGGCCGCACCUUGCGGCCCUGGACAACAAGCGGAGGGCCAGGGAGGGGCAUCACCCGCUACUGCUACUGCUACUAAUGCGGCUGCUGCUACUGCCGCGGCUGCCGGGGCAGGGCGGACCGGGAACCCAGUCGCCUCGCCGUCGGCUCCCUGUGGGGCUCGCGUCGCUCCGCUGGGAGUACCGCCGCCGCCGCCGCCGCCACGACUGCUGGCGGAGGCGCAUCGUGAUGUUGCUGCGGGUGCUACUCCUGCUGCGGGUGCUACGGAGGGGCCCGAUGACGGCGGGGUUGGAGGGGGCCUGCACGGCCGGGGCGGGGCGGCUCGAAGAGGACAUGUGGGAGGUGACGCAACAGCAACAGCAAUAGCAGCUCCAGCGGCAGCGGCAGCGGCGGGCGGGGUGGUCGGCACGGGAGGACUUGGACGAGCGCCAGUCAGUUCGCCGCGGACUGUCAGUCCACGGGCUGAUCCUGGACCCCCCCCUGACCCCAUGAUGCGAUACGACGACGGCGAGAGUGGGCUGCUUCCUACCAACACCGCCAACAACGUCGACAUCAAUAGCAGCAGCCAUAUCGGUGUCAACACCAACACCAACACCAAGGCCAAGAAGCCGAAUCGCGCCCUCGCGGAUCUCCAAGCCAGCCUGGCCUGCUUCACCAGGUUUGUGGACACCAGCACCGGCCUCGCGGCUCUGGAGGGGGCCGACGGCGGCGGCGGCGGCAGUAGCACCCCAAGUGAUGCGAGGAGGAGGAGGAGCUCGCGGCGCUCCUGCGCGGGGGCCCCAGGCACCACCUGCGGCAUUGCUGAUGCCAGCAGCGGCGGUUGUCGUACUGGUGACGGUGCUGGCGUCGGCGGAGGCGUGGCAGCGCCUUGCAUUACCCCCUCCACACGCCGGCGGCAGCACUCGCCCCGAAACCCGCACCAAGACAACCAACAACAGAAACCACCACAACCACAGCAGCAGCAGCAGCAGCAGCCAGGAGGGGGAGGGGGGUCGCACAGGGAGGCGGAGGCGGAGGAGGAGGGGGGAGAUCACGCAGUGCAAACCAGGCGCGCUCGCAACGCAAAGCAGGGUCAGGAGCAGCGCGCUGCCGUACAAAUCCGUACUGCACCGGCAGAUAAGGGAUUAUCCGCCGCCGGCGGCCGGAAAGACGUCGGCAUCUCCGCCGCCGCCGUUGAACCCGCUGCCUGUGUUGCUUGCGGGUGCGCUCCUCCGCCUGGUAAGGCAGCUCCCUCCCUGGCGCCAAUCGCCCUGGCGGCGGCGGCGGACGCGGAGGCUACCGGCGGGGCUGCAGCGGCGCUGCGUUGGCGCUGUGUCGAGACGGCUGCUGCCGCUGUGCAGGCACAUGCGGAAGCGCUACAGCUGCUGGUGUCUAUCGUUCGUACAAUAGUAAUGCGGCUGCCGUCGGGUUCGACGACGUCGAUCAGCUGCAAAGGCCCCUCGGUGGUGGCGGCGGCGGCGGCGGCGGACCUCGCCCGUGAAUGCUCCAUGCUGCGGCUGCCAGCAGCGGCGGCCUCUACCGGCGGCACCGAUGGCGCUGCAGGAGGCGGCAACGGCGGCAGCGGGCUAGCUACCGCCGCCACCAUCACCGCCACUACCACCGCCGGCAGCUGCAGCUCCUCCUCCCCCUUGUCCUUGUUGUGGCAAUUGCUAUUGGAGCGGUUGUACCCUCCGCCAGUCGCAGAAGCAGUCCUGCGGGCCGGAAUGCUUGCCGUACAUCCGAACCUGGGGCCCAAAGUGCUGCGGCAGGUGCGUACGGCGGCGAACGAGCAGCCGCCGGCGCUGGUGUUGCUAUGUCUGCUAGACGAGGCUAGGAGGAUAAUGCUGUCGCGGCGGGGUGCGGAGCGGGCGGUGUCGCUGACGGAGCUGACGACGGCAGCGCCGCACCGGCCGCCGCCGCCGCCAUCAUCGCGGCGGUCCUUGCCACGGCGGCCCCAGCAGCCGUCCUCCGGCACCACCACUGGGGUUGAGCCUCCGCCGGCAUCUGCCGCUGCAGCGCCACCCCCUGACACCGGCGCCGCCGCAGUGGUGGAUGCGCUGGCGCGGACCAGUCGGCGCUGGCGCAUCUGCCCAUACGUACGGCAAGCCGCCUGCACCGUCACCAGCAUACGUAUGCUGGCAGCGGAAAGGUGCCGUACCGCGAUGGGGGCCACCUGCGGCAGCGGAGCAGGCGGUCUUCCAGCCGUACACGUGGCGCAAGUGCUGCUGGAGCUGUCGUCGGCGGUCCUUCCGGCGGUGGCGGCGGCGGCCGCUGACGUGGCGACGGCCAGCAGUGGGGUAUCCGCUGGCGGCGGCGGAGGUGGCGGAAGUGGCGGCAGCAAGUUCGAGGAGGCCGAGCUGCACGUGGAGGAGCUUCCGAACGCAGUGGCCGUGGCGCUGGGCUGUUGCAUGCAAGCUGCCGCGCUGCUACUGCCGCCGUCGGGUAUUAGCUCGUCCCACGCAGGGGCGGCAGCAGACGCAGCUAUCCCCGCCGGCGAUGCUCCGCCGCCGGGGCAGUUAGUGGUGGCGGCGGCGGGCGGCCGACCGACCACCUCCGGGCCGGGGGCGGUUGGGGCGGUUGGGGGCGGCUGUCCGCCCAACAAGAGGCAGCCGGGUCCGGUCCAGGGGUGGCGGCAGGAGGACGAGCAGGACGGGGAGCGGCGGAGGCUGCUGGUGGUGGCGGCGAGGCAGCUGAGAGCCGUGGCUAAGGCGAGACGAGGGAGAGGGCAGGGACACCACACGGCGACACCACAUACACAGGACCGGCGGACAGCGGACGGCAGACAGCAGACGGUGACACCCGCGACAACCGCUGCCGCUGCCGCUGCCCACGACGCCGACGCCGACGCAGCAGCCGCCCCCUGGUUGCAGCCUCCCUCCUCCCCUUCCUCGGCGGCUGCCGUACUGAGCGACUCGGUGGUUUCGGAUCUGUGUCUGACUGUGUCUCUGUGGCAGUACCACUGGAAGGACUUGGACGAGCUGAUUGAGCAGUUGCUCAGCUCCCGCUCCUCCCGCUCCCUCCGGGAGCUCGGAGGCGCUCUGGGGCUGACUGCCGCGGUCUCUCAGGCCGCCGGCGUCCUGCCGCUGUUGGGUUUCCUUAUUCGCGGUCGGGAGCAGGUGCGCGGAGGGGGAGGGGGAGGUCGCAGGGGGCUCCGGGGCCAGAUGUCGCCGAGCUCCUGCUCGCCCUCCCCGACCUCGCCCUCCCCGACCUACCUGCCGCCGUCACCGUCACCGAUGUCGGUCAUGUGCUGCGAGAUGGUGACGACUUCGCCGCCGCCGGGUUCAUCGCCAUCGCUGGGGCGAGCAACGGCCGCUGUCGGCAGCGGACGGUUCGGCAGCCUGCCGCCAACAGCAGCAGCAACAACAACCGGUGGGAUGGACUCGGCCGCGCCGCCGCUGGCCCCGGGUAGUGCGAGUGGUUGUGUGUGGCCAUCGGCUGGCAUGGCCCGAGGUGGAGACGGUGACGGCCGCGGCGGCGGCUACCCGCAGGAUCCCAUUCCGCAUGAGCCACUGUUCCUGCUGCUGGGGCACCUGAGCGAUGAUAGCGAUGAUGAUGAUAGCGAUACAGGCGGUGAAGAGGAGGAGGAGGAGGAGCAGGAGGAGGAGAGGGAGCAGGUUGUGCAGGAGGAAGAGAGGGAGGAGGAGGACGAGGAGGGUCCUGGUGACCGCGAUGGCGGCGGCGAUGGCGGCGGCGGCGGCGGCGGCGGCGGGGAGCGUCACCCGGAGUGCCGAAGUGGCGCCGCCGGGGCCGUCGAGGACGACACCCAGCGCGGUUACCAGGUCGGGGAGAUGAUGGGUCCUCCGGGGGGGGAUCGCGGGGUUGCCGGCGGCCGAUACUGCCAUAUGGCCGCGGGGGGCCGAAGGAGCGAACGCGGACGGCGCAAUGCGGGCGGCGGGGCCAUACGAGCACUGGGACAUACGCAGCAGCCCAAUGCGGCGGCGGCGGUAGCGGUGACUGCUGCUGCUGCUCCUGCUGGUCCUGCUGCUUAUGAAGGCAAUGCUGCCGCCGCUCCAUCGGCGGUGUUGGAGCACAAGGGCCGUCCCCCGAUUGGACGGAGACCCGCUCCACCACCACCACCACCACCACCACCACCACCACCACUGGAGCAGUGUCAGCAGAAAGCCCAUGUGCACCCCCCGCCCGCACAGCAGCCACAGACACAGGGCCAGGACCAGGGCCAGGACCAGGCACGGCAGCAGCCGCCCCAGUCGGCGUCACGAAGCAGGAAGCGGCCCCGGCCUAAGGACAACGCCGGCUACGGCCACCAACACUGCUCGAGGCUUAACAACCUCGCGGCAGUUCAGCGCACACACACAUCGUCAACAUCCUCAUUCUCAUCCCGUGACAUUGAGCGCAACCGCCACUGCCAUUGCCGGCCCCACCACCACCGUCACCACUGGCGCCACCAUGUCGCUGUCCGCCGUGGCGGUGGUGGCGGCGGCGGUGGCUCUGACGGUGACGACUGGUCCGACUUGGAGGACUUCAUCGUGUGCCAGCCGGAGAGGGACUACGGGGCACUGCUCGCAAAGAAGUACUACUACGCGGCGGACGAGAUGGACGAGCUGCAGGACGAGCAACAGGACGAGGAGGGGGUAUUUGCGGCUCGGGGGAGGUCCAUGUUGACGAGGAUGACGCGCAUAUGCACCGCUGAUUGGCUGGCUGGUGGCUGGACGAGGCGGGCUUUGCAAAGCCCGCAAGAGUCCGUCCAAAAGCUGACUGGAGUAAGUAGGCUCGAGGGUGUCCACAUCACCCCACCAUCCUUACCGACACACUUGGGCGCGCAGGGCAACCCCGCCGGCCCGACACACGGCAGCCCAGGCAGCAGCCGGGUGAUUGCCUGUCACGAGGUUUAG